AUGACGCCCUCCGGCGCAGAAUCCUCUUCUGAUCGACCCGAGCGUUCGCGCAACGCUCAAGCACAGGCUCGACACAGGGCCAAAAGAAAGGCAUACGUUCAAAACCUAGAGCAGACGGUUUCAAAGCUUCAGUCGGUGCUUGGCGUUACGGCAGACGAAGCUGGCAACCUCCCCACGCCGCUUGUCCGCAUCAAAGAAUUACAAGAGGAGAUCCUCCGCCUCCAAUGUCAGAACGACGGUCUCAGACGACAACUUGAGGGUUGCCGUUGCCGCACCAGGCGCUCGGCUGGCUGGCACUCGAACGACGAAUUUGCUUCCGCGACGCCGCACUUCAAUAAUGAAUUGCCCGCUCAGAUGAGUAGGGGCGGCAACACGGGCGACAUGUUCUCGUCUUCGUAUCGCAGUCCAACCCACGAGUUGCCGAACCCGAUUCAUGCCACGAACGCGAGAUCGGCCACGCAGUAUUCGCCCACAAUACCGGUCUUUCACGUACCGGACACGCCUCUGAGUCCGACUUCGGAGUCCCCGUAUUCUGCCAGCAAGAGCCCCAUGCCCGGCAUGCGACCAACUACUCUGGCGUCACCGGUUUUAUCGCCGCCUUUUUCGCAUGUGCAGCCUGGUUCGUCAGUCCAUUCUCAUUCUGGGAUCAAAGUAGAAGACGACUUCAGGGCGGCGUCUCACCACCAUGCCCAGCAGAGCGAUGCAUCGAUACUACCAUACCCCCAGAUCCAUCCUGAUAUGGGAUAUUGGCACGCGUAUUCCGCGGAGCGGCACCCGAUCCGAACAUAA